AUGGAAUUUCUGAGCACCAAAUUUAUUCUGCCUAGCCACGAAGCGGCAAUCCUUUCUCAGCAAACGCCGGCCCUGAAGAAAAUCAAGGCGUCUAUCCGCUCCCGAAACAAGCGUGCCUGGGUGUCAGAGAAUACUGAAUGCUUUCGAAGCGAAGGCCUCCACGCACUUCGUUCAGAAAACCCCUGGAGACCCGUCAUUACUAUCGAGGAUGGGCGUUCGUCGAACAUACAUGAAGUAUGGCUCGGGUUCGACAGGCAGAAUCCUGACCAGAAGGCGUCAGGAUUCCAAUUAUACGAGGAAAAUGUGUGUGCCAUUACAAUCGAGGCGUGGUAUCAGCCCGUCGUGAGGAAGAGCAAGAAGACACUGCUUGGAAGUGCUACAUACUCGUUGGUCGAGCUCGAUGCUGAGAUACAUAUCGAGCUCGUCCCUCAGCAUAACAACAUCAGCGCUGACUCAGCUUCAUCACCUAUCAUAUUCCUCCGCCUAAAUCCCGUGACCGACUCUUCCCCGACGCAUACCCUCCAACUCUUACCAGUACCAGACAUCGUCCACUCCCUACCACCGUCUCCAGAUCCCCACCAUCUCAGCCCAAACAUCCUGGGACUUUCGAUGACGCCGAGCAGUGGCAGUGGGAGCGGCAACAACACUCCCCGUGGAGGCUACGACGACAUCUUCGAGCCCCUCCUCGUCUCACCAUCCAGCUCCCUCCUCAGCCCACUGACGGUCCCCAGCCCGCUCCCCCAAUACAGCGAUAUAGACGAGCCUCUCCCAGAGUUCAACUUCGCGGAACGCGUCGUCUUGUCUUUUACGAUCUACCAGGAACUCAAAUGUGCAAAGCUGGAGAAGGAUUUCGAGGUUGCGUUUGGGAAGCAGCAGGAGGAGUGGACUUAUGUUGCUGGUUUGCUCCUAGCACUAGUACUCAUCGCAGUAAACACCGCCGUCUUUGCCACCACCCCCGACUCCCAAUUUGCCGUGUCCUCCUCUGCCCGACUAACCAUAGCAGCCUCCGCUACCGCAUUUGGCUUCGGACUUAUCUGCGACGUCUGGUUCAUCAGCCGAUAUCGGUUCGGCCCUACUUCCACUCUCACGCAGAGGUCCCUUGACCUCUUCGGGACCUAUUUCUUCUUUGCGUUCUCCGCAAGGAUACCGAUGAUUUGCCUGCUGGUGUCUUCGGUAUGGUUGCUGGUGUUUCUGGGUAUUAUGGCGUGUAUGGUGAGUGUGGAUGUGGUGCUUGUGGUGGGGGUGAUUGUUGGGCUGGGGAUGACGGUGGAGGUUUGGGUGUGGGGUGGGGUAUUGGUGUGUGAGGAGGGUGAGGUGGGUGUUUGGGGGGAAGUGGGUGACGUGCGCGGGUGCAGUUUCGCGUAG